CCGCGUCUCGCGCGCUGGCGCGGGCCACGCAGAGGUCCAGCUCCGCCCGCCUCUCGGCGCCCUGCGCGGCCGCGCCCCGCCGGCCCCAGAGCAGCGAGGCGGAGAGCCCGGCGAGGACCAGCGCAAGGGGGACGAGGACGCACGAGGAUAGCAGAUAGAGCAUCGACCAGGGCGAGAUGAUGGCCUCUGUCACCAGCGGGUCGGCCACCUCCGCAGGCCAACUGCGGGCGGGCUUCCUCCUCAUCCUCCGGCCGCCCUGCUGCAGGCUGUACAGCGUGCUCAAGUACGUCCCGGAGUCGGUGCCCAGGUGCGCACACAGCAGCACCAGCCCCAGCACCACAGAGGCGACGACCACCAGAAGAGAGCAGACCGAGUACUGGAGCCAGUGGUCGCGGACCAGGAGAUCUCGACGGGCCCGCACCUCACCGAUCCAAACCAGACCUCCGCCCCCAGCCCCUGUUCGUCCGUCGUCGGUUUGGGGCACAGGCGCCUGCCCCACUGGCGCGGCCACGGGGGUCUGGACUCUCCACGGCCACGGUAAUAUGUGAAGAACUAUAAGGCUACAGGGCUAUGUGGCUAUAUGGCUGUAGGGC